AUCACACCGUUGUCACCUGUCAUCUUCUCAACCAACCGUUCUUCACACCCAGCAAGCUCUGCUGAAACCCUCAACCUCCCUUAUAGUAAUCUUCAUUUUUUCCAUUUAACUGUUCACAACAACAAAUCCGCAAAUUAUUCAUCACAUCAAUUUUAUCUGAUCCUCAAAAACAGCUUAUUCUUCUCCUUUUUUCAUGUUUUUCCCCAUAUAUAUAUAUAUAUAUAUGUAUAUACACACAAUCCCUCAUUCCCCUUUCUUUCUUAAAUAACAUACAUUUUUUUUCUUUUCUUUUGAAACUAAACCAAUGUCAUCGUCCAGACACAUCGCCGUCCUUGCUUUCCCAUUCGGUUCUCACGCAGGUCCUCUUCUCAGCCUCGUUCGCCAGAUCGCGAAGGCCGUUCCCGACGUGAUAUUCUCGUUCAUGACCACUGCUAGAUCCAGUGGCAUUAUCUUUUCUCAGGACUAUAAUGGAGGACCUCAUAACAUAAAACCCUACAAUGUGGAUGAUGGUUUGCCGGACGGUUACGUGCCGUCCGGUAAUCCGGUGGAGCCGGUGGAGCUGUUUGUGAAGGCGGCGCCGGAGAAUUUCACAAAGGCCGUGGAGAAGGUCGAGGCCGAGACCGGUUUGAAGAUUGGGUGCUUGAUAUCCGAUGCGUUUUUCUGGUUCGCCGGAGACAUGGCUGAGAAAAUGACCGUCCCGUGGGUUGCGCUGUGGACAGCCGCGCCACGGUCGGUUCUUGUUCAUGUGGAUACUGAUGCCAUCAGACAGGCUCUGCAGGCUACUAACGAAUCCGGGAAGGAGGACCAAAAGCUCGACUUCCUUCCUGAAUUUUCAGCAUUCCAAAAAUCAGACUUACCCGAAGGAGUAGACGUAGUGGGACGACCAGAAUCACCCUUCGAAGAUCUACUACACAAAAUGGGGAACAAACUUCCCCAAGCAAAUGCUGUCGCCAUAAACUCUUUCAAAGAAUUAGACCCUGAAAUUGGUAAACAGCUCAAUGCAAGGUUAAAAAAGUUCCUCAACGUGGGGCCCUUCACUCUAACAUCUCCAUCGUCAAUCAAACCAGACGAACAUGGAUGCUUAGAGUGGUUAAACAAGCACGAACCCAAUUCCGUGGUGUAUGUGAGCUUCGGCUCCGUAAUUACACCACCACCCCAUGAGAUCUCAGCCUUGGCUGAUGCAUUAGAAGAAAGUGAGUUCCCAUUUCUUUGGUCUUUUAGAGGUAAUGUGGAAGAGUUUUUGCCCAAAGGGUUCAUUGAGAAAACGAGUGGGAAAGGGAAACUUGUUCCUUGGGCUCCACAAGUGCAAGUUUUGGAACAUGAAUCGGUUGGAGCCUUUUUGACUCACUGCGGUUGGAAUUCCAUAUCGGAGAGCAUGAGAGGCGGUGUGCCGAUGAUUUGCAGACCUUUUUUUGGGGAUCAGAAGCUGAACAUGAGGACGGUUGAGGCUGUGUGGGGGAUAGGUGUAGGGGUUGAAGGUGGGGUGAUCACAAAGAAUGGUGCAAUAAAAGCCAUGCAACAAAUAUUUUUGGGUGAAGGAAAGAAAAUGAGGGAGAGAUUGGGGGUCCUGAAAAAGCUUGCUCUUGAGGCGGUUCAACCUAAUGGUAGCACAACUAGAGAUUUUAGUACAUUGGUAGAGAUAAUCAACCAGCUCUAGAAGGUUUUAUUAUUUUAUUUUAUUUUCUUGGUCCUUUGGUUAAUUAGGUUUUGGGUCAGGGUCCUAAUCUCUCUGCUACCUCCUUUGUCUUCCUUAAUUAUAUUGUGCUUUUGCUGUACCGAAAAGGUAGGAUAGGAGUAGUAUGGCUUUGUGUGUAUUAUUACUAUGCUUGUGGCCCCUAUAAUUUGGAUCAUUAGGGAAUUUGGAAAACAAAAUGGAAAUGUUUUCUUUAUAAAAGCAGUAAUAUUAGUCUUUUUGUUC